AUUGUGAGGGAGCGCAGAGGGUGCCGAAGUGGAUUAUUUCAGUGAGAGAAGAAAGAAAAGAAGAGCAGAGAGCCAGAGACACAUAUGCUCCGAUUCCGAACAAGUGGCAACGUAGAUAUCAUGGUGCACGCCGCCAAGCUUGUUUUCAUCAACCACCUGCGCACCGUAGCAUCACCUUCCUCUUCCUCUGCUAAUCUGCGCCCUCCCUCUACCUCUACCCGCUCCAUGAACACCAGCUUCGACGCUCAGCUCCAUCACCUUUUCCAGCAGAAGCAUUCUCUUCGAUCCAAAGUACGCACAAGCCUCAAAAACAUGGAUCCCGUCCUCAAGUCCCAACAAGAUGAUGCCAUUCAGAGGGUUGUUUUAGAAGCUCCAUGGUUCAAGAAUAGUAGCAAUAUAUGUGCUUAUAUAAGUUGUGAUGCUUUACGAGAAGUGGAUACGUCAAGAAUUGUGUCAAAUAUCUUAUCUAACUAUAAAACAGAGGAUCAGGGUCAUUUACAGAUGAAGAAAAGGCUUUAUUUACCACGUGUAGAGGACAAAAAUAGCAACAUGAAGAUGCUUAAGGUAUCAAGUUAUGAUGAUCUGGUUCUGAGCUCAAUGAACAUUUUGGAGCCAACUUUGGUCGAUUCCAGUGGGAAUCCACGUGAAGAUGUUAUGCAAGCAACUGAUCCAGUUGAUUUGUUCAUCGUACCAGGCCUUGCAUUUGACAAAUUUGGAGGACGUCUGGGCCGUAGUGGUGGUUACUAUGAUAUGUUCCUCAAAAAUUACCAAGAGCUCAUUAAGAAGAAGAAUUGGAAGCAGCCUCUACUUGUUGCACUGUCAUACUCUGUACAAAUAAUAGAGAAUGAGCGAAUACCUACCACUCCCUACGAUGUUCCUGUUGAUGCUCUUGUAACAGCUUCUGGCUUCAUACCCAUCAGCUCAGUAGCAUUCAAGUAUUGUCACUGAUGAGCAGUUUCUUUCUUUUUAAUUCUUUUUUUUAUCUUGUGAAUCAGUUGGCUAGCAGUUAAAAUGAUUUAAUAGGCGGGAGAAUACAUUCUUACUCAUUUGCCUGGAAUCCUGAUUGUGGUCCAAAAUGAACAUGCUAUCAGAAGCUUCAUUGGAUCUUUACAGUCUCGGGCUGUUUUGAAGCAAUAAUUACUGCCAAUGGGAACACAUCUUGCAUCUUCUUUAGACGUUUUGAAGAUUUGACAAAGUUUUAUAAUGCAAUAUAGUUUGAUUUGGAUCGCAAAUUCGAUUCUGUAAACUAGAUAACUUGAAUGCAUUUUAUCCACACUUGAGCUGCUUCUUUUCUAAUACUGGAGCCUCGAGCUUAGCCCUGACUAAGCCUUAAACUAUAUUAGAUUUGUAAAGGCAUCGAAUUGCAAUUAAGUGAUUUAUAUUAAAAUGAAUUAUGAUGUAGCAUAUUAAAA